AUGCAAAUCGAGAAUAUUAUCAAAGACCUUCCUCUACCCCCGCCGCCCCCACCACCACCACUACCAUCAGUCCUUCUUCGUCCUCCUCCACCUGCUCCUCCAAUACCAACGGCAGAAUUACUCGGGAUUCCAAAUGAUUUGGCCCCACAAUUUCCUUCUCAACUAUUACAGCUGAAAUGGCAACUCUUCUGUGUGCAAAAGAGUCAACAAGAACUUGCUAGUGCGAUCCUCCAGUUGAGUAGCAUGAUGCUAGUUAACUCGUCGCCUCACCUCAACCCACCCCUCCACCAACCACAACAGCCCUUACCUCUGGGUCUUUCAGACAGUAAAACUCCUUGGAAACGCAGGUGGAGCUCGAAGGAGAGGGGUUCGAGCAGUUCGUUGAAAUAUGCCAUGAUGUCAACAAAUCAAACAAAGUCUAAAGCAUCAUGGGUCGUUGUUCCUUGUCAAUGCGAUGUCUGUCAGAAGAAGGAGGCCGGACCAGUGUUGUCGAAGCAUUCAGAUCCAAGCAAUCAGAGUCCACUCGACUUGUACGUCUCCUACUUCCUAAACAGUCUGGAGAACAGGCAACUUCCACUGCCACCGAAUUUGGCUCCACUGCAACAGGUGAUUGGGCGGACCACCAUUCAACAACAGGAGAAGCCACUGGAUCUUGCCACUCAUUCCCGCUCGCGUCCAUCAAAAAUUGACCUCAUCGGUGAUCUCGGAAGCCCUCGGCCAACUUUUAGUCAACCGGCUAUCGGUGAGACGACCUCGGAGUUGAUCACCUCACCAAAUAGUCUUAAUCUCUCGCCUACACGUGACUCAUCACCCCUGUUCCUCUUUCAUAAACCCCAUCCAGAUGGAAAAAUUAACCAUGAUCCGGCUUUUGAUGAUAUUUUGCAGUUGGAAGCAGUUGCAGCCUCGGCAGGUGGUUUUAAACCCUCCUGGACACACACCAACACCCUUACAGAGAGAGAUAGAGCUGUGGUGAUCUUGAAUCCCAACGAACCGAGGGAGAUGUUUGUUGGUGGAGAGGCGAAAGUGCGACUACCAGUGUGGGCGUACAAGAAAUGUGUCUACAUGGUGGGGCGAGAGCAAAAACGUCCCGCUGCAAGACUGUGUCUCUGUCUGCUUCAAUCUCUCUUCAGUCUGCGUUACCUAGUGAGCCACAACUACAGUGGAUCAAGACAGAAACGGCCAAUCGACCCAGUCGUUAUGAAAGCGGUCCUAAGGCAAGCAAUGAUGCAGUUUAGCAAGGGUGAUAACGUCCUCCCCGGCAUUGAAUUCUCUCAGGGUAAAUUGAGAGACUACUUAAACAAUGCUUUUCGUGUUAUGGCAUUUCGACGACGACGUGGUGAUCGAGUCAAAUCGCCUUUUUGGAAUGACGCUGGUGAGCCGAUCCUUAGUUUGGAUCCGCCGAAAGAUUUCCGUCUUAACGACAUCAUUCUAACCAAAGUCCUUCCCCCUUUUCGAUAG